AUGAUUUGCCUUUCUGAAAGAAAAAUCUCUAUUCAUCAAAAUAAAGGAUUAAUUUAGUUACCUGAAAUAUCGAAAUCUUAAGAACUUCUUGUAUAAUCAUAAUUUAUAAAUUUAGAGAUUGAACAACAAGGCUUUGUAAUCUGGUAAAACUAAGAAAUAAACAAAACAAUAAUCUCCAGAUAGAGAUAUCUAUUACUUAAAAUUGCCAUCAAUAAAUUAGAAGGCUUAAGAAAAAACAGACAAUUGUUUCAAAUUAUCCAAAUCUCAAGUACAAACAUAAAAAAUGUAAUAAUUUACUUAUAAAAGACUUUAUGGAGAUAGUUCAUCAGAUAAUAUCAGCAAAUACCAUAGAUAAAUUGAAGAUAUCGAAAUUAAACAUAAUCAUUAUAUUAAUAAAAUUGAAGAGUUAUAUAUGAUUACUAAAUAACACUUAUGA